AUGAGUGUGGAUCCCCCUGGUCCCCACAGUCUACCUUGUUCUGAGGAAGCGUCGGAUUCCGGGGACUCUUCGCCAAUGCCUGCAGCUCAUGGGCCUGUGGAAAAUUAUUCUUACGUACAAAUGUCUGCUGCUGAGAAGCUCCGCACAGAGACCGCCUCUCCUCGGCCUUCCUCUGUGGACCUACCUCUUCAAGACAGCCCCGAUUCUUCUACCAGUCCCAAACUGAAGUUCUGUGGUCCUCAGUCUGAAGAGGGCCCUGAGAAAAAGGGAGAGUGCAAGCUCCACGCGAAGCAACAGAAGAUGAGGACUGUGUUCUCUCAGGAGCAGCUGUGCGCGCUCAGGGACAGGUUUCAGAGGCAGCGGUACCUGAGCCUGCAGCAGAUGCAGGAGCUCUCUGCCCUCCUGAACCUUAGCUACAAGCAGGUUAAGACCUGGUUCCAAAACCAAAGAAUGAAGUGUAAACGGUGGCAGAAAAACCAGUGGCUGAAGACUGGCAACAGUGUGGCUCAGAAGAGCUCAGCAUCGUCAGUGGAGCAUCCCUGGCUCUAUCCUAGCUAUCCCCAGAGCUCUCUGGUCAGCACAUCUGGAAGCCGUCCAGUGUGGGGCAGCCAGACUUGGACCAACUCGGCUGGCAACAACCAGACCUGGACCAACCCAACUUGGAGCAAUCAGGCUUGGCCCACUCAGACCUGGUAUACUCAAGCCUGGGACGGCCCAACUUGGACCACUCCGUUCCAUAGCUUCGGGGAGGACUCCCUGCAGCCUUGCAUGCAGUUGCAGCAGCAAAACUUCUUUGCCAAUGAUUUGGAGGCUAAUUUGGAAGCCCCUAGAGAAAGCCAUGCAUGUUUUAGCAACCCACAAGCCAUGGAGUUAUUCCUGAACUGCUCUGUGAAUUCACCCGGUGAAGUGUAA